ACAAUCAUUAAUUUUGAAGUUGGGCUGUAGCUCGGCUUAACUGAAAAUGCCCAUUGUUAGGCUCUGCAGCAACUCUAACUCUACCGACAUCAGAUAUCAAAUCCUCUCUUCUCCAGUCUCCACUCUACUUCAUUUUCUCUGCUCUUAACUGUCCCUUCCUGCAAGACAAAACCCACCAUUACCAAACGACCGAUUUGAUCCUGAAGAGACCUGACCGGUAUACCGGAUGAAUAAUUAUCAAGCAUGAAGCGGUUCAAGAGAAAUCCGGAAAAUGAUCCGGGAAACCGCUCGGAUCCUGAUGGGCAGACCUCUGUGGAAGAGACGGAAAGGAAAUGUGGAGUUAACCCAAUGAGAAUGAUGGGUGGUUUAGUGGUCCUUUUAAUGGCUAUUUCAGUUGUGUUUUCUGCAUCUGUAGUUCUUAGGGACCCACCAUCUGAUAAUGCUCUGGAAUCUUUACUGCCAAAAGCCAUUGAAGCUGAAGAACAAAAAGGCCUAGGUUCAGAAAGGUUCUCGAAGCUUGCCGGGGUUCAUCAAGACAAGUUGCUAGGUGGUCUGCUUUCUGCUAGAUUCAGUGAAGGAACCUGUCUCAGCAGGUAUCAAUCAGUCGCUUUUCGCAAGAAAAUGCCACAUAAACCUUCUUCUUACCUCAUUUCUAGGUUGCGACGUUAUGAAAUUCUCCAUGAAAAAUGUGGACCACAUGCAGAAUCCUACAACAAAACGCUUGAACAGCUGAAGUUUGGACGUCAGCCUGAAUCCUCUGAUUGUAGUUAUGUGGUAUGGAUCUCGUUUAGUGGACUAGGGAAUAGGAUACUGACAUUAGCUUCAGCAUUUCUCUAUGCUCUUCUCACAAACAGAGUCCUACUUGUGGAUCCUGGAGUUGACAUGGUUGAUCUCUUUUGCGAACCAUUCCCAGAGGUUUCAUGGUUUCUUCCUUUGGAUUUCCCCCUGAAGGGUCAAUUCAACAGCUUUAAUCAGAACUCUCCCAGCUGUUACGGAAGAAUGCUUAAGGACAACGUUUCUGCAAAUUUACAUGGACUGAAGCCACCAAGUCAUGUGUAUCUUCAUCUGGUCCAUGAUUAUGAUGACCAAGAUAAACUUUUCUUCUGCGACGAAAAUCAAGAUUUUCUUCAGAAAAUACCUUGGUUGAUAAUGAAAACAGAUGACUACUUCAUUCCAUCUCUAUUCUUGAUGCCAUCUUUUGAGCAAGAAUUGAAAAAUCUAUUCCCAAAUAAGGAAACAGUUUUCCACUUCUUGGGCCAAUAUCUUUUUCAUCCCACAAAUUCAGUAUGGGGACUUAUUACCAGAUACUAUCAAGCUUAUUUAGCCAAAGCAAAUGAAAAAAUAGGGAUCCAGAUCAGAAUCUUUGAUUCUGGCUCUGGUCCUUUCCAAUAUGUGUUGGAUCAGAUCCUAGCUUGUGCUGUAAAGGAGAAUCUGCUGCCUGAAAUCAGCAGGCAGGAUUCCAUCACCAGUCCAUCAGGAACCAAGUCUAAAGCUGUUCUGGUGACAUCUUUAACUUCCUGGUACUCUCAGCAGAUGAGAAGCAUGUACUGGGAACAUCCAUCCACGACAGGCGAAUUAGUUGGUAUUUACCAGCCAAGUCAUGAAGAGUAUCAGCAAACAGAAAAGCAGAUUCACAACAGAAAGGCAUUGGCAGAAAUGUUUUUACUGAGCUUUACCGAUGUGCUGAUCACAAGCUCGUGGUCCACCUUUGGGUAUGUGGCUCAAGGUCUUGGAGGGUUGAAGCCAUGGAUACUCUACAAACCUGAGAAUCAAUCAGCCCCUGAUCCACCUUGUGGUCGAGCCAUGUCGAUGGAGCCUUGUUUCCAUUCACCUCCAUUUUAUGACUGCAAGGUUCGGAGAGGGGUUGACACUGGUGCACUGGUGCCUCAUGUGCGGCACUGUGAGGACAUGAGCUGGGGUCUCAAGCUUGUUAAUGUUACCGAUGAGAUGUAGUCAGUUGUCUAUUUUUGUAAUCAUACUUAUCCAUGUUUUUAAGUUGUAAAUCAAAAUCUGCGAUUCAUUCUCGUA